AUGCCUACAUUCAAUCAAUUGAUUCGUCAUGGUAGAGAAGAAAAACGGCGCACGGACCGUACUCGAGCUUCGGAUCAAUGUCCCCAGAAGCAAGGAGUACGCCCGCGUCUUGCAACGAGAACACCGAAAAAACCUAAUUCAGCUCCACGUAAGAUAGCCAAAGUACGGUUGAGCAAUCGACAUGAUAUAUUUGCUCACAUUCCGGGCGAAGGUCAUUUGCAGGAACAUUCUAUGGUCUUAAUAAGAGGAGGUAGAGUGAAAGAUUCGCCAGGUGUGAAAUCCCAUUGUAUUCGAGGAGUCAAGGAUUUGCUGGGAAUUCCGGAUCGAAGAAGAGGCAGAUCUAAAUAUGGUGCAGAAAAACCAAAAUCGAUAUGA